AGCUGCCAUUAAGGAAGUUUAAUGUUAAUAGCAAAUUCAUCAAAACACUCGAUCACUCUGAACCGACAGACUGACCAAAUACACUUCAUUAUUCAUCGACGCCCGUCUGUACACCAGAAGAAAAACUAAUAUGAUGUUAAAAGCAAUAUUCACGUGCGUUCUCGCUCACGUGUUGGUCGUUUUGUGUAAUACGCUGCCACCAAAUGCAACAUCAGCCGUUAAGCUUUCCGAUUCAGAGAUUCACAGACUCAGUGAAUUGCCCACCAAUUAUACGACCAUGGCAAUAGAAGAUAUGAUGCAUUAUUCUUCUAAAGCUCUGAUGGCUAUCGACAGGCUGCAGUCAAAUCAAAAAUCAUUUAACAUAGCGGUUUUAAAGGGAAUGUGCAACUCAGGACAGGCAAUGUUUUCGAGAAUACUGAACAAAUCCUUGAAGGCACUGUUGGAAGUUAUGGUUUCCGAUCAACAGAAAUCGUUAGCGCACAUACACAUUCCUGAAUUGCCAGUUUUUGUUCAACCAGAAUCGAACGGCAUGAGUAUUUCAGAAUUUAAAAUGAAUAAUAUCUUACUGGAAGGUUUGGAAAAUGUAAUGAUACAAAAAUGUGAUUUUGAUGUGUGCGCCAUGUCAACUCUAUUUGAAGUCACUAUACCUGCAUUGGCAAUUAAAGGUGACUACACAUUGAAGGGAAUUGUCGAUAAUUCUCCCGUUACUGGUGCCGGUAACAUGACCGUUGCUGUUAAUACGUUGUAUAUUAAAGUCGAGACAUCCUUGGACUGUAACAUGGUUAUCUUUUCGGAAGAUGAUUGUCGGCUCAGCAAUAGAAACAAAACAAUGGAUGUAUCCUUGGAAAGUGUUUUGGUGAGUACGACCGGUGUCAACUACAAGAAUUUGUCCAAAUCAAGAAUCGAUGAAGGAAUCAAUUCUUUUAUUGACGCCUACAUCAAAUCCGAUCAAAGUGGGUUAGUUGAGAAAAUCACGCAAAUGCUGGUUUCGUACAAAAAUGAAGUGAUGAAACGCAUGAGUCCCUCGAAGCUUCUAAACAAUUUAAAAGAAAUGUUAUUGUCAAUCAUUGUUGAUUUGAAAAAACAUAGACGAUCUUUUAAUGGACAUCAAAUUAUCCAUAAUUACAUUUUGAAUUACGUAUAAAAAAAAUAUAUAAAUUUCAUUUUAAACAGUUUAAAUGACAUUCAAAAACUAACGUGAUAAUUUAAUAAUAAUUGAUCAUACACCUAUAAAUACCUAAUAACAGAAAUGCAUUAUAUUAUAUUUGUUGUAUUUAAAAAAAAUUGUGCGAAAUAUAAAUAACGCAAAGUAAUAAAUUAACAAAUAGCAUUUAAUAUACUUAAUAAAUAUUAUUUAUGAAAUCGAAAAA